UCUUUGACGUAAUUUUUUCUUUUAAUUAUACGUUAACUCAAUCGACCAUCCAGCAGGACAGAUCUUCAAUGGCUGCCAACGAUCGCAAAACCUGCAAAAAUCAAAACAGCAUUUUAUUCAACGUUAUUGUUCUAUUCAGUUUCGUAGCAAGUUACCCCCUCGAUAACAAUGACCAACCUCCGAUAGCCGUAACAUAUCCAAUGCCCUUGUUCGUCAAUCUCACCGGGGCUAGCAGCGCAGCAAUCAUUCCGUCUACUCCAAUCUCGUGCAAUUUAACGGACCCCAUCUACCAGCAAUAUGGAAUCUGCUGGGACUUGUCUAGCCAGCAAUUGCAAAUCAGUCCUAGCUUGUCAAUCGACAAUUUCGUCAAAUUCUACAAGUUUAAUUUGUACAGUGCCUUUGCAAAAACGCCCAUUUACACGAAACAAGUUUGCGAUCAGAGCCAGCGAUUCCAGAGCAUCGGCAUUUUGUGCCCGUCUAAUCAACAGGAUUGCGUCAAUACUUUAACUAACACGAUGACGUGUGACUACAAUGGCCAAUGCAUGUGUGUGGUGGGUGAACGAUAUCGAACGAUUGCCGACAGUAUGGCACCUGCCAAUCAGCCUGUUCAACCAACAUACCAGAACGAUUUGUCAUCAGUUAAACCGAAUGCAAAUAUUCACAAUGAAAUUGCUGGCGAUUCAGAAAACAAUAACAUUCCCACCAGAAAACCUUACGUUUUUCAACGAGUUAAUCGGCCGGGAUGGUCGGCUCGAUGGACUCAAAAGAUAAGAAAUCUUUUGGCCGAGAGGUUUGAUUCUAGCGGCUUGUUCGAUAGGUGGUUAGAAUAAGAAAUUGAAUACAUCCAUCAUUCUUUCUCAGUUUGGCUUGUUAUCAGAAUGUGUAAGCUCACACGCCUGUGGUACAUGUCAGAUUUACACACUCGUCCGUCAGAAAAAUAAAAAUAUGAAAGCUGAAAUUCUUGAACGGUGUUUUUUUGUUUUUUUUAAAGAGGUUUUUCAUUGUCACAUGAACUGUCGUUCAACACGUAG